CACACUCCGUAUGCGCUUACCUUCCCACCUUAUCUCCAAUCUUUCACUCUGCUCUUGCUCACGAAGCUGUGAAAACCAGCAAUGUCGAACGAGGAAGAGACCCAAUUGGAACUCAAUAAACCAGAAGAUGAAUCCGAAUCCGAGUCCGAGUCAACCCCUUUGGAAUCCUCCUCUUCCGACUCGGACUCCGACUCUGACGACGAACCACUAUCUUACACCCGGCCCGGAGGCACCGCCCAAGAAACGGGACCCGACGACUCGGAUUCCGAAAACACGGCCGAGUCCAACAUCCGCCGCUUCACCAAGGUGCUCAACUCCAAGCGCCUUCGUAAAGAACGGGAAGCGGAAGAAGAAGACUACGUCUAUCACGAGGACCUAUUUAAUUUCCCGAAGGACCCGGAGAACUGGAGGGAGGAGGACUUGAAGGAGCUCUGGGGAGAUGCUCCAAUUGCGAUGACCAAACCUGGGUGGGACCCGAAUUGGGUUGACGAAGAGGAGGUGGAUAUUAUCAGUGAAGAGAUUAAGGCUGGACGUGACCCGCCCAUUGCCCCAUUUUAUGUACCGUACCGGAAGUGUUUUCCAGUGAUUCCGGAUAAUCAUUAUGAUAUUUCCAACCCCAAGGCGGUGAUUGAGGAGCUGGAUAGGAUUGAGGAGUUCUUGAAAUGGGUUAGCUACAUUUUCGCAGAUGGUAGCUCGUAUGAAGGCACUGUUUGGGAUGACUUGGCUCAUGGUAAAGGUGUUUAUGUCGCUGAGCAAGGGCUGGUCAGGUAUGAAGGAGAAUGGCUUCAAAAUAACAUGGAAGGUCAUGGGGUUGUUGAAGUGGAAAUUCCCAACAUAGAACCUGUGCCUGGUUCCAAGCUUGAAGCAAAGAUGCGAGCUGAUGGGCAAAUAAUCUCAAGAGACUUUAUGUCCCCUGAAGAUAGAGAAUGGCUAGAGAUGGAUAUCGAAGAUAGUCUGCUCUUAGCCAAUGGAAAUUAUGAAAUUCCUUUUUAUGAGAAGGAAGAAUGGAUUAGACAGUUUGGAAAGAAACCGGAGAAAGGCCGAUAUCGAUAUGCCGGUCAAUGGAAGCAUGGGAGAAUGCAUGGAUGUGGUGUCUAUGAGGUCAACGAGCGUACAACAUAUGGACGUUUCUAUUUUGGAGAGCUAUUGGAGCAUCCAUAUGGUUGCAAUGCAGAUAUUUCCGCGAUGCAUGCAGGCAUAGCAGAGGUAGCUGCAGCUAAGGCUCGAAUGUUUGUCAAUAAACCUGAUGGAAUGGUCAGAGAAGAGAGGGGUCCAUAUUCCGAUCCUCAACAUCCCUACUUCUACGAGGAAGAUGAAGUAUGGAUGGCACCAGGCUUUAUCAAUCAAUUUUAUGAAGUUCCGGAUUAUUGGAAAAUGUAUGUCCAUGAGGUGGAUCAAGAGAGAGAGAUGUGGCUGAACUCAUUCUAUAGAGCUCCAUUACGGCUACCUAUGCCUGCCGAGCUUGAAUACUGGUGGUCUAAAGAUGAAAAACCAGAAUUUAUUCUCAUUAAUAAAGAACCAGAACCUGAUCCUGAAGAUCCAUCAAAACUCAAAUACACGGAGGAUCCCCUCAUCGUACACACUCCAACAGGAAGAAUUAUCAACUAUGUGGAUGAUGAAGAACAUGGUAUCCGCUUAUUUUGGCAACCUCCUCUAAAGGAAGGGGAAGAUAUCGACCCAGACAAGGCUGAGUUCCUACCCCUUGGGUUUGAUGAGUUCUAUGGACGAGAAGCAAGUGUCAAGAAAGGCAACUGGUGGGAGUCUCUUGUAACAUCUGUAGAAAAUGCCUGUAGACCAAUGUUGGACAAAUUGGAGAAAUGGACUGAAGAAAAGAAGAAAGACAGUGAGACAAAGAUGGAGCUAUUGAAGAAGGAACUUGAAUUGGUGGAAGCUGAAUUGUCUCUGAAGGAGGCCAUGGAAGACUUGGAUGAGGAAUUGAAGAGAAUGCAGAAAGAAGCUGAAAAGAAAGUGGAACAUGGGCUUGAUGAGGAUGAUAUUGUAUCUGAAGAAGUAAGCCCAUUAGAGAAAACUUACCCUGAAGCUGAAGAGGAUGAGGAUGAAGAUGAGGAAGAGGAAGAAGAUGAUGCCCCUUCAAGUUUUGGAUCAAUUGAAGAUCAAAAAUCGGUAAACAAUGAUCAGACGGGAAAUAAAUCUGGAAAGUCGACAUUUGCAGCAUCCUCCUUAGCAUUUGCUACUUCUGGGCUUCUCUCAACGGUUCCAUGGAAGUUACAGCAGUCAUAUUUAAGGUGGAAGGAGGGGAAACUUCAACAGCAGGCAGCUUCGUCGACUAUUCCAUCAUUCCAGUCUCAUCAGCUGCCUCCUGAGAGAUCGAGUCCAAGUUCCAUCAGCUUUCCACUUGCGACUGGCAGAAGUUGGAGAAUGAGAUUUGCACUGCAAAUAAAUCAUCAAUGUGAACCGAUUACCAAGAUGCACUUCAGAAAUCACUCGAAAAGGAAAGCUUCCAUAGAGAAAGGAAGAGAUCUAGAGCACAACUUAAACAUAUUAUCCUUGCAUACCCCAGUUCUUAUGUAGUAUCCAAGUGUCCAAUCUCUUGACAGGAUCAAUUUUGUAGUUCCUGCGGUCAAUUGUUUUUCCUUUUGAGCUAGCAUUUCAAUAUACACAAUGUUUCACUUCAAUUGAGUGAAUGUGCUAUGGUUUUGCCUGACUGACAUUAAGGUCAGCAAAUAAUCUAAUGUGAAAUUGUUCUGAA